ACAGCAAAGGCAGACACAGGGGGGGAAAACAAGUCGAGAAAUGGAUCGAGAUGAGGUCUGAAAAAGACCAAAUGACGGCGAGCAAGGACAAGGGCGUCGUUGAGAUCAAGUUCAGGGACAAUUCGGGGGAGCUGGACAACAUUCCCAAGCAGAAAGAAGAAAAGAAGGAGGUUUUCACCAAGGUGGUCAUUCGAAGACUCCCCCCUCACCUGUCGAAGGAGCAGCUAGAAGAACAACUCAGCCCGCUGCCGUCCUACGACUACUUUGAGUUCUUCCCGGCCGAUCAGAGUCUGUAUCCACACCUCUUCUGCAGAGCCUACAUCAACUUCAAAAACCAGGAGGACAUCCUUUUGUUUCGCGACAGAUUCGAUGGCUACGUCUUCAUCGAUAACAAAGGCCAGGAGUUCCCUGCUGUGGUAGAGUUUGCCCCCUUCCAGAAGAUCUCCAAGAAGAAGCUCAAGAAGAAAGAUGCUAAAGCUGGGAGUAUCGAUGAAGACCCGGAAUAUAAGCGCUUCUUGGAGAAUUACUCCUGUGAUGAGGAGAAGUCCAUGGCCAAUCCAGAGACUCUGUUGGUGGAAAUCGAAGCUAAAACCAAGGAACUUAUUGCAAAAAGGACAACACCCCUGCUGGAGUACAUCAAAAACAAGAAGAUGGAGAAACAGAGAAUACGAGAGGAAAAGCGAGAGGAGCGGCGUCGACGGGAGUUCGAGAAAAAGCGCCAACGGGAGGAGGAGAAGCGAAAGCGGCGUGAGGAGGAGAGGCGCAAACGCAAAGAGACGGACAAGCAGAAGAAACUAUCAGACAAAGACAUCAAAAUUAAGCUCCUGAAAAAGAGCGACCGGGAUGAGGACGCCGACUCUGACCGCACGAAGGACAAGAGCGAGGAGACAGACAGAGGGAAAUGGGACAAAUCAGGCGGACAGAUGAAGUCAAAGGACCCCAAGGAAAAAGGUCAGGCUGAGAGCGACAAGGAGCAGCAACAGUGCCGCCGGCCGCGAGACAAGGAGCACCGCGGCAAAGACGAGGAGAGGAAACGCCAGCGGCACCACUACGACUUCGACAAGUUCCCGCGGCGCAAAGACGAGACCAAGUGGGGCAAAGGCUACUGCCAAGACCGCGCCAAGAAGGAGGGCCAUCACCACGCCUACGCCUUCUGCCCCGACGGCGCUGACAAGCAGAUGAAGGAGGACAGGGACGAGCCGGGAAACAGGAAGGAGCGCCUCCGAAACAAGGUGAGCCAGAAGGACCGCCCGGCCAUGCAGCUGUACCAGCCUGGCACGCGCAACCGCAAGCGGGUCAACUCGGCGGGCAAAAGCUACGACUGCAUGCCGCCCGAGCCCGAAGCCGAGCGUUGUUUCGAGGUGGUCGCCAUGGCAACAGUGCUGGAUAAAGGCUACGACAACAAAGAGGAGCGUGAGCGCUCUGGAUAUUUGUAAGAAUACUUGUCAUCAUACUUAUCAACACAACUGUGGGAUAUUUCUGACAGCUGUUUGUCAACCUGACUGUUUUCUUACGCAGACAUGAAACAUGCAAAUAUGAACUAAUUUGCUGGUACAUUCCAUGCAGGUGUGUGUUGAAUCCAGGGUAAAGCCUAAAAUGUAUUAUAAUUAGAUGGAGAUUUCUACGAGGAACUUCCUCGAAAGUAACAUGUUUCAUGCUAAUUUACAAAAUGAACAUGCUAAUGCUAAAUGUUGUUUUCCAAGCUUUGUGUAUUUUACUUUGCACAUGAAUUUGCUGCGUUGUACAAGAAUAAACCACAUCAUGUCACAUGA